CCGGCGGCCGCGGAGCAAGAUGGCGGAGGACACGUCUCGGUAUCUGAGCGGGGACUAUUACCCCCGCAAAUUCGGGCCCAAGCCCGAUGUGGUGCCCUCGGGGGUGACCGAGAGGAAGGUCUUCCCGUUCGGCAACGGCCUGGACAAGCCGGACAUGGUGGCGGUGGAUGUGGUGAAUGUGAAGGAGGCGGAGGAGGAAGGGUACAAGAGAAAACUGGAUACCAGUACUUAUCUUUUGGGUACGAUUCAUCCGUUUCACAAAACACACAGAUCUCUUGGUGGAAAGUUUACCCAAGAAUUUCUGCUGGUCUCAGCUGAUAGGCGGUCAUGGAAGAUCUUGCUCUUUGGAUUGUUAAACUUGAUUUGUACAGGCUUUCUUCUGAUGUGGUGCAGCUCCACAAAUAGUAUGGCUUUAACUGCUUACACAUAUCUUACCAUUUUUGAUUUUUUCAGUUUGAUGACUUGCCUAAUAAGUUUCUGGGUGACUUUGAAGAAACCUAGUUCAGGGUACUCUUUCGGGUUUGAGAGGUUUGAAGUAUUAGCAGUGUUCGCUGCCACUGUCCUGGCACAGCUUGGGGCUCUCUUUAUACUCAAAGAAAGUGUGGAGCGAUUUCUAGAACAGCCUGAAAUUCAUACGGGGCGCCUCCUUGUUGGUACCUUUGUGGCCCUGUUUUUCAAUUUGCUUACCAUGCUGUCUUUGAAGAACAAGGCUUUGUCUUACGUCUCUGAAGCUGCUAGUACAAGUUGGCUCCAGGAACAUGUUGCUGAUCUAAGCCGAAGUUUAUGUGGAAUAAUUCCAAGUUUAAGCAAUAUCUUGCUUCCUCGCAUGAAUCCAUUUGUCCUGAUUGACCUUGCAGGAGCACUGGCACUUUGCAUCACCUACAUGCUGAUUGAAAUAAAUAAUUAUUUUGCAGUGGACACAGCCUCAGCUAUAGCCAUUGCUGUUAUGACAUUUGGCACCAUGUAUCCUAUGAGUGUCUAUAGUGGAAAGGUUCUGCUUCAGACAACACCUUCACAUGUGAUAGGACAACUGGACAAACUUUUAAGAGAGGUCUCCACUCUAGAUGGCGUUCUCGAAGUGAGGAAUGAGCACUUUUGGACCCUUGGAUUUGGAACUCUGGCUGGCUCUGUACACGUCCGGAUCAGGAGAGAUGCAAAUGAACAGUUGGUGCUGGCCCAUGUGACCAACCGCCUAUCCACACUUGUUAAAACUUUAACUGUUCAGAUAUUUAAGGACGAUUGGGUUCGACCGUUACUGGUUACAGGAUCAGUCCCAAGCAAUAUACUGAAUCCCUUGGACCAUGCCAAUAUUGCACCAGUUCCAGCUGUCAAACCUAUGGAUGAUAUGAACCCAAUCACCUCUACCCCAGCAAAACCAUCCAGUCCUCCUCCUGAAUUUUCCUUCAACACACCAGGCAAGAACAUCAACCCAGUCCUCCUACCAACUGCCCCACCAACUAGACCUUAUGGCUUAGGUCUCAAUUAUGGAAUUGUUUCAUAUGGAGGUGCUCCCCAUAGCAUUGGGAGACCUGCAACAGGAAUGACUCAGGGAUUCAGAACUGGAUUGUUUAAUAUUCCGAAUAGAUAUGGAACAGGCACUCAAGGUCAUCUUAACCAGUUCAGGUCAUAAGUACAUUGCAGUGGUGCAUGAUGCAAAGGUAUGCUUCAAGUUAGUUCCUCUUAAAUUAAAAUUUUUAGGUGAGGAACUCUUUUUUUUUACAUUGGGGAUCAUAUAGGUUUGUGUUAUUACCUCCAUAGAUUAGGUGAGAUCAUUUCUGUCAUAUUUUAUGUUCUUAAUAUUUUUGCUUAAAAUUGUGCAUUUACAAACUCCAAAUAUAUGUGGAAUGUGUUACACUAAAAAAAGGUUAUUUGCUUUCUGAAAUAUUAAUGUAUUCUUUUCAAAGUGCUUAGAAAAAAAAAGUACUUUGCCAAGGAUGGUCUAGAGAUUCCCUAAAGUACGUCUCCAUAUAUUUGACCAUCAGACUAUGAAAGAUAGUGUCCUACUGACAAAUUAAUGGACCUCUUCUCUUGAUUUAAUGCUUCUAAUUAAAUAAAAUUUCUGACAUUUGAGGAACUGUGGUCCAUGAGCAAGUAUCGUGGACUCGAUAUCACUGGGGGACGUUUUAAUUGUUCAGGUGACCUCAUCGAGUAAUGUAAAUGCCUUUUUGAAGCACUGCAGCAACUCGAUCAAUGACUCCGCUUGUGAUGCCUGUUUCAAAGUUUGCAGAUCCAUUUCAUAUGUACUGUAAUGAGCAUUGCAAGGCUUUAACAUUUACAGUGCCAAUGAAAUUUAACCCAUUUGAAGAAAUGAAUAUGACAUAUUAAUUCACACAGGAAAAUAACAAUCUUAUUACCAAUUUUUGGUCUGUCACUUACAGCCUUUAUCUAGUUCUCAAGAAAGGACGUGAUUAUUGCUUUCAGUGUUAAUGAAGUUUAAAGUUACAUAUACUUGCUUUGGAGGCAAACCAGCCAUCCAUUUGGGUGAAUAGAUUGACUUCGCUUUAAGGGAAGGUUGGUCUAUGUAGCUCUGUUUCUGAACCCAGGGUAUCCAUGCAUUAUGUGCAAAAGUUCCUUCAGGUAUUCAAGUAUAAUUAGUCAGUUUUGAUUUUGCUGUCUGGUUAUAUUCAUUAUAAGUACGGGACUGUCACUGUAAAUAUCUCUUAGAUAAACCUGCAUUCCUGUGUUAUGAGAAAUAAACUGUAUAAACUGUAUAGAUGAUCAUUUUGUUCAGGGCUUUUCUAGAGAAAUAUACAUGAAAAUAUUUUGUAUUUAAAUACUAUUGCUAUAACAGCUCUUAUUAUAAAUAUAUACUGUUGCUUUCACUAUUAAUAUAGAUAUGUGGUAUAUUUGUCACCAAAAUGUACAAAGCCAGAUAUUUCUCAAAAACAAUGCUGAUUCAGUUAUAACUGAAGCAUGGUAAAGAUUGUAUGUUUGUUAUGUGUUACUGUUAUAUUGAUCAGUAAAGUGAAAACUCAAACUAAAAGCUGUGUAAUGAGCAGCAGUAGUUUUGUGUUGAUAUGAUUCAUGCUGUAUUAAAAUGAGAUUUUUAAAAGUAAUAUUUAAAUUUGCAAUAAAAUAUUAGCAUUAUUUUAAAAUGAGCCAAAGUAUUUUUUUGAGAAUCAUUUUGUUUUUAUCUUAAAAAGCUCAUAGGAAUAAUGGAUUAGAUAGAGUUAAGGGCGUUCUUGUCCGAGUAUAAUUGCCCUCCUCAAAUUAUAAGUACAUUUAGGAGAUGGAUCUUUUUCAAACUGUGUGGCUAAUGACUGACAGUAUCCGGGACAUUUGUGCCACGUAUUCCAUAAAUAUGAUAAAAUACAACCUCUGGAAGACUUCCCUUUACUAACCAUACUUUGUUACUCUGUGGUUUUCAAACUUUUCAUCUGGGGAUCACCUAUCUCUUGUACCCCAUUUUUCUCUUGUGAUAAAAUUCAACUAGAAAAAUGUUAAUACCACAUUCCGGCAGUUGUUCUUUGUUUGCAGCCCACAAAUGUUGGAAAUCCAAUCGCGCAGUUGUGCGCGUCAUGUAACGUAAUCUUGCUUCAAAAGCUAUGCUGGCACUUGUGAUGCCUAACAAUGUACACACACAGGACCCAGUCUGGUUGUGAAAUAGUCUGCACAUUGUGAUAUGAGGGUUUCGACCUGAUACCUCAACCAUUACUUUAAUCAGUUUAUGGACCACCUGGUCGAUUCUCAUGGGCCACGAGUGGUCUGUAAACCACACUUUGAGAUCUAUUGUUCUAACUGAGGCAAAUCAUUAUCCAAACUACAUCCACAUCCAUAUUAUUGGCCACUAGUUCGACUACUAUAGCAUGUCUUUAUGGGCUCCAGACUAAAGUAUUAUAAUAAUCCUUAACUCCGAUUUGUUGAAAACUGCUAAAAUAUUAAGUCCCAUGCGAUUAUAUUCCUCACACUCCCACCCCAUUUCAACACCCUUGUUUUGUCCUAAAUCCCUUGCUCAUUCUCCUCUUUCUCUGUCUCUAUCCCUUUCUUGGCCUCAGCUUUGGAGUGCACCAACUGUUUGAAGUUCAAGCAUCUUCAGCUUAGGAUUUAUGAGCGGGAGAUAGAACUAAAGACAUGGUGUUAAGCUAUCUGGAUUCUUUGUACCUGUAAGCAGUCACAUACUACUUAGGAUAGGGUUUUCUGAGUUGGCCUGUGGUCAAGGACGGGAAGGUGUGGCUGUGAGUGAGGCAAGUAAGAAGACACAGAGUGCAAGGGUGUGAGCCUUUUCCAAUUUCCAAUAAAUUUGAGGUUCUCUCAGCCUGUUUGGAUGGAUGUGCAAACUGACUGCAGUUCAGGAAGUCAUUGAAGUGUGAGGAACAACAAGGAGUGUAGUAGCAGUAGACAAUAGAGUAGUAAGCAGAAAGAUUCAGUUAUCUGCAGCAAGGAGGGAAAGUCCAGAAGAAUGUGUUGCCUACCCAUUCAGAACAUUUGGUCAAGGCUGGAAAAUAAGUUGGAGUGGAAGACGGAAAAAUAAAAUCUCAAGGAAUGGGAGUACGUAUUUACAUGGAUAGAGGAUUGGCUGUUUGGCCAAAGGUAGAAUAUACAUAAGUAGGUCUUUGCCUAAUUGGCAUGAUAUGAUGAGUGGAAUCCUGCAGAAUCUGUGCUGGAGCAUAACAUUUUCAAUUCACAUCAAUGACUUAGACAAGGGAAAUGAUGACAUGGUAGCUAAAUUCAUGGAUAUUCAUAGAUAUUUGCCUAAUCACUCAACUUAAACAUAUCAUUAUGUCUUCUCCUACCUUGAAGUCAAGGUAGGAGAAGACAUAAUGAUAUGUUUAAGUUGAGUGAUUAGGCAAAUAUCUAGCAGAUAGAGUAUAAUGGGGCAAGUUAUGAAGUUGUUACUUUGGCAUGAAGAAUAAAAAAAGCAGAGUAUUGCUUAAAAACCGAUUGACUGCAGAAAUCUGAGAUACAGAGGGAUUUAGGUGCUCUGGUGCAUAAGUCAUUGUUAAAAUGCAAACGUAACAUGCUAAGUUAAUAGAAUUUUUUUUUAUUUCAAGGAGAAUUGAAUAUAAUUUAAGGGUGUUAUGUUUCAUUUAUGCAGGGUAUUGAUGAGAUCACACCUUGAGUACUGUGUGCAAUUUUGGUCUCCUUAUUUAAGGAAGGAUGAAAAUGCAUUGGAGGCACUUCAGAAAAAGUCUACUAGAUGGAUAGCUGGAAUGAAUGGGUUGUCUUAUGAUAGAUUGGAUAGCCUCGACUAGUUUUUGUUGGCGUUUACAAGAUUAAGAGGCAACUUCAAAGAUAUGCAGGUUGGAUGGAUUGGCAAUGGUAAAUUGACCAUUGUGCAGACUAAGUGGAUUAUCCAUGGGAAAUCAGGGUUAUGGGUAUAGGGUGGGGGAGUGGUUCUGGGUGGGAUGUUAUUUGGAGGGUCGGUGUGGACUCAACAGGCCAAACCAUAAAGACUUUAUGAUUCUAUGACUUCAUUGAAGUAUAUAAGACCCUGAAAAGUCUUGAAAAGAUGGAUAUGAAAAGGAUGCUUCCUAGGUGGCUCUGUUUGAAAAUGGUGGAUAGAUUCUUGUUCAGCAGGAGAAUCAAAGAGUGUUCAGAGUAGGUGGAAAUGAUUAAUUUGAAACACAAACCAAUCAGCCGUGAUCUUAUUGAAUGGCGGAGCAGGCUUGAGGGAAUGAAUGAUCUCCUCCUAUUCUUUAUAUCUCUCUAGCAAAGCCAUCAAUUUUUUCAGUACUACUCCAUAGAACUCUCUCACUAAAACAUCCUGCCUUGGAAACAUUUCUCUUGAAGCUCAUUACGGAUCAACUAUCCCAACCUAUUAGUUGAACAUGAUAAUUAGGACAUACCAGACAAAUGCAUGAUAAGGGAUGAAACCUAAAGAGGAAAAUCAAAUGAUUCUAGAGGAACACAUUGGCUCAUUUUUAGCUUAUUUUUCAAUAAAAGUUUUAUUUAACAAUGAGUAAAUUGAAAAUGGUGACAACAGCCCAUUUAAAAAUGUGUGUGUUGAACAACUGAACAAUGUGCUGA